AUGAUUAUAUUCAUUGCUGAUUGUAUUUGUAAAAGUACAAAAUGGACUGAUGGUGUAACAGCAAACACAUUUCGAGAAUUUGCAUCAACCGAUACACCAGAUCGAAAAUGGGUUGUAUUUGACGGACCUAUUGAUACAUUAUGGAUUGAAAGUAUGAAUACGGUAUUAGAUGAUAAUAAGAAAUUAUGUUUAAUGUCUGGUGAAAUUAUUCAAAUGUCUCGUGUAAUGAGUCUUAUAUUUGAAACAAUGGACUUGUCGCAAGCAUCCCCUGCUACAGUAUCACGUUGA